AUGUAUCUCGCUGACACAGAAAUGCCUGGGGAAGACGGACUGUGGCCCUGCGACCUCGCUUCCCAGGACACAAGCCGGGGAAGUGUGCGUCUGAGCUCCCGUCGUGAGCGUGUCGUCGGGGUGUGCCCCCCCAGCGACUUCGUGCACGGCGGCGUGGACACACCGAUGAGGAAACCGAGCCUGGAGCUUGGUGGCAUAGGCGCAGCCAGGCUCCCCUCAGAGCUGGGAGCCAGGGGUUCUGCAUUUCAGUCCGAAAUUCUGAGCGGAGUGAUUCGGAGUGUCAAGAAAGAUGGGGAGUGGAAGGUGCUCAUCAUGGACCACCCGAGCAUGCGCAUCUUGUCUUCCUGCUGCAAAAUGUCAGACAUCCUGGCUGAGGGCAUCACCAUUGUUGAAGACAUCAACAAACGGCGAGAACCCAUUCCCAGCCUGGAAGCCAUUUAUUUGCUGAGCCCCACAGAGAAGGCCCUCAUCGCUGACUUCCGAGGGUCGCCCACCUUCACCUACAAAGCAGCACACGUCUUCUUCACCGACACCUGCCCUGAGUCCUUGUUCAGUGAGCUGGGCCGCUCUCGGCUAGCAAAGGUGGUGAAGACCCUGAAGGAAAUUCACUUGGCCUUUCUCCCCUAUGAGGCCCAGGUGUUCUCCUUGGAUGCCCCCCAUAGCACCUACAACCUCUACUGCCCCUUCCGGGUGGGGGAACGGGCACGGCAACUCGAGGCACUGGCCCAGCAGAUCGCCACGCUGUGCGCCACGCUGCAGGAGUACCCAGCCAUCCGUUACCGCAAGGGCCCAGAAGACACAGCUCAGCUGGCUCACACUGUCCUGGCCAAGCUGAACGCCUUCAAGGCAGACACUCCCAGUCUGGGCGAGGGCCCGGAGAAAACUCGCUCGCAGCUGCUGAUCGUGGACCGGGCGGCCGACCCCGUGUCCCCGCUGCUGCACGAGCUCACAUUCCAGGCUAUGGCCUAUGACCUGCUGGACAUUGAGCAAGACACAUACAGGUAUGAGAGCACCGGGCUGAGCGAGGCUCGGGAGAAAGCGGUGCUGCUGGAUGAGGACGACGACCUGUGGGUGGAGCUCCGGCACAUGCACAUCGCGGAUGUGUCCAAGUACGUGCACGCGCAGCUCCUGAAGACUUUCUGCGAGAGCAAGAGGCUGACCACAGACAAGGCCAAUAUCAAAGACCUGUCCCACAUCCUGAAAAAGAUGCCGCAGUACCAGAAGGAGCUGAACAAGUAUUCUACACACCUGCAUUUAGCGGACGACUGCAUGAAGCGCUUCAAGGGCUCCGUGGAGAAGCUGUGUAGUGUGGAGCAGGACCUGGCCAUGGGCUCUGAUGCAGAGGGCGAGAAGGUCAAGGACGCCAUGAAACUGAUUGUGCCGGUGCUGCUGGACACGGCGGUGCCAGCCUAUGACAAGAUCCGUGUCCUGUUGCUCUACAUUCUCCUAAGGAAUGGCGUGAGCGAGGAGAACCUGGCCAAACUGAUCCAGCACGCCAACGUGCAGGCGCACAGCGGCCUCAUCCGGAACCUGGAGCAGCUGGGUGGCACCAUCACCAACCCCGAGGGCUCGGGGACCUCUAGCCGUCUGGAGCGGAGGGAGCGCUUGGAGCCCACCUAUCAGCUGUCCCGCUGGACGCCGGUCAUCAAGGACGUGAUGGAGGAUGCCGUGGAGGACCGACUGGACCGGAAGCUGUGGCCCUUUGUGUCUGACCCCGCCCCCACGCCCAGCUCCCAGGCGGCUGUCAGUGCCCGCUUCGGCCACUGGCACAAGAACAAGGUGGGCAUGGAGACCCGCGCAGGGCCCCGGCUCAUCAUCUAUGUGGUGGGCGGCGUGGCCAUGUCGGAGAUGCGGGCAGCCUAUGAGGUGACGAGGGCCACCGAGGGCAAGUGGGAGGUGCUCAUUGGCUCCUCCCACAUCCUCACCCCAACCCGCUUCCUGGAUGACCUCAAGAUGCUGGACCAGAAGCUGGAGAACGUUGCCCUGCCCUGACCCACCCCCCACCCUUCCAGACAAAUAAACUCUUCCCUUCUUUUUGUCGCCCAGCA